AUGACGGCGCCUCAACUUUUGCCGUUCGCGCUUCCCAGCGCACCGUCAGGUCACAAACCCAUCGCGCCCACUUCCCUCAGCGCGCCCAGCACCUCGACGCUCCUAGCAGCUGGUCCGUCCUACGUGUCGCACGUGCGCAGGCAGGUCAAUCAGCUCACCUUUGAGCAGGAUGAUCUCAACGAAAAGGCUCGACUGGACGAGCUGGAUGCGCAAGGAGAUGAAGAGGAGAUCGUGGAUGACAUUGGUGACGAGGAGGAGAGUCCCCGUCUGCUAAAGAGCGACCCAAAAGAGUGGAAGGUGAGCGGCGCGCGAGGAGAGUUUCCCAAGCUGCGCUGCGCGCACACGUGCUGACGUGGCGCAUACCCGCACGCACUCACUCGCGCCCCCGCCCCCGCAGAGUCAAGACCACUACGCCGUGCUCGGUCUGUCUGCUCUGCGCUACAAGGCGACGCCUGCGCAGAUCAAGCUUGCUCACCGCAAAAAGGUCUUGAAGCAUCACCCAGACAAAAAGGCGGGUCAAGCCGGCUCGGAAGGCACCAACGACGAUUCCUUUUUCAAGUGCAUCGCCAAAGCUCACGAUGUGCUAUCCAAUCCAGAACGUCGACGUCAAUUCGACUCGGUGGACGAAGGCAUCGACGAUGAAAAGGUACCUACCGGCAAGGAGCCCGAGGCGAAAUUCUUUGACCUCUGGCGACCAGUCUUUGAGCGCGAGGCUCGUUUCAGCAACCCAAAGAAUGGCGCGGUGCCGGAGCUGGGCGACAUGGACAGUCCGCGCGAACAUGUGGACCGUCUGUACGACUUUUUCUACAACUUUGACUCGUGGCGCACGUUUGAGUAUCUGGACAAGGACGUGACGGAAGGCGAUGAGAAUCGCGAUCACCGUCGUUACAUCGACAAGAAGAACCGCGCUGAGCGCGCUCGCAGAAAGAAGGAGGACAAUGCGCGCCUAAGGAAUGUGGUGGACAAGGCGCUGGCGAGCGAUCCCCGCAUCAAAUUGUUCAAGCAGCAAGAGAAGGCUGCCCGCGAGGCCAAAAAGAAGGGCAAAGGCGGCGCGCCCACCAAGUCCGCCGCGGAUGUCGAGGCGGAGAAGAAGGCCAAAGCGGAAGAGGAAGCAAAAGCCAAGGCCGAGUCUGCCAAAAAGGAGGAGGAGGACAAGGUGAGUGCGGACGUGGUCUGCAACUUUCAACACAAGAGCUGACGCAUCCUUUGCCUCGCAGUCCGCCCGCGCCGAUGCCAAAAAGGCACGCGAUGCUGCCAAGAAGAAUCUCAAGAAGCACAAAAAGGCACUGCGCGAUCUGGUCGUCUCGCUCAACUACUUUGCUGACGGCGCACCCAGUGCUAGCGUCAUUGAGCAGCAGCUCGAUGCUCUGGACAAUCUCGUGCAGGCGUACGUCGACGCAGAGGAACCUGAAAAGGUUGCCAAGCUGCGCGAGGACGCCGAGGGUGCCAAGAGCGACAAGCAAAAGGUCAGGGCGGUGUUCAAUGUGGCUGCGCAGGAGAAGGGUAGCAAGGGCAAGGAGGCCUACGAGUGA